AUGUCCGCCAUCCGCGACCUCGUGGGCGGCGGCGACGCCGGCUGCGCGGCGCCGGACGAGCGCGCGGGGUCGACGAACCCGCUCGGGCGCCUCGCGGACGCGGUCCUCGGCGACCGGAAAUCCCAGGGCAGGCGCCCGGAGCAUCUCCGCGGCGGCCCGGGCCCCCCGGGCGCGGACGGCGGCGUCGCGUUCGCGGACCAGUUCCUCUCCGAGCAAGCGCUGCGAGGGAACCUCCUCGGCGCGGACGACCCGCACUUCUCGACGCUCCCGGGCGGGCCGACGACGCGCGGGGCCCCGCCGCUCGGAUCCUUCGGAGGCGCGGAGGACGUCGAGGAGUUCCUCCGCUACCGCGAAGCGCUCGACGCGAGCGCCGCGCGCGCGCCACCGGGCGCCGCGCGCCACCCCGCGGGACCGAUGCCGCCGCCGCCGGACCACCCCGCGCUGACCGCGGCGCUGCGAUCCGCGGUCGCGACGACGACGCCGGACGCGUCGCCGCGGACGACGCAUCCGCCGCCGCCGCCGCCGCCGGGGGAUCUCCGCGAGCUCUCGCCGCUGGAGAAGACGACGAUACGCGACAGAAGCGCGAUCAUGGCGCGGCAUCUGAACGGCGCCAGCGAGGCGGAAGUGCGCGCCAGGCUCGCGCGCGCGCUGUCGCCGCUGCGGAUCGACGCGGGGCUGGCGGACGCGCGCGGGAUGAUGGACGGGCCGCGCGAAUUCGCGCGGAUGCGCGUGGGCGAGGCUGCUGGCGCCGGUUCCGGCGCGGGCGCGCGAAGCGGCGGCGCGGCGUGGGCGAAUGAAUACGCGGCGGCGAGAGGGGGAGGUUCGGAAACGGCGGGCGAGAAAAACGAGUGGGCGAGCGAGUUCGCGGAGCAGCAGACCCCCGGCGGGGCGUGGGCGAGCGAGUUUCGCGAGGCGCAGGACGCGACGGCGACGGAGGCGGCGAGGGAGGGCGGGCCCACGGCCGCGCAGGCGGAGACCGCGGCGCAGGCGAGGGGGCUCGUCGAGACGCUGUCGCAAAACGCGGACCCGAAAUUCCAAAACAGCGAGUUCCUCAGGUUCAUGUCGCGCAUGAGCAAGGGCGAGAUCGUCGUCGAGGGCGACGCCGUCAAGGAAACGGGCUUCGCGAACGUCCCGGACGAGUGGGCGAAAGAGUUUGAAGACCACGUGUCGUCGCGCCCGGAUUGGAUCAACGAAAACGUGUGGGACCAAGUCGCGAAAGAAGACCAAGCGCUGAAGCGCGCGGAGCGAUCGACGUACGUCUUCACGGACCCGAACCCGUACCUGGGACGCGCUGACGCGCUCGAGCUCGGGAAGCGGCUGUUCCGCGAGGGGAACCUCUCCGAAGCUUCGCUCGCGCUCGAGGCGGCGGUGCGCGCGGACGCGUCCCUCUGCGAAGCCUGGCGGCUCCUCGGCACGACGCACGCAGAGAACGACGACGACCGACGCGCGAUCGCGGCGAUGACGAAAGCGAACGAGGCGGACCCGACGGACGCGAACGUGUUGCUCGCCCUGGGCGUCUCGCACACGAACGAGCUCGACGACGCGGAGGCGACGGGGUACAUGCGCGCGUGGUUGCGGCAGCAACCGCGGUUCGCCGCGAUCGAAGCCGAGCACGAAGCGUCGAACGCCGCGUCCGGGGUAACGGACACGCCCGCGAGCGUUUUGCACUUGUUCAAGCGCGCGGCCGCGGUCGCGCCGAACGACGCGGACGUUUUGUCCGUGCUCGGCGUCCUCGCGCACCUCGUGAGGGAUUACGACGCCGCCGUGGACGCGUUUAACGCCGCGUUACGAGUCGCGCCCUCGGACUAUUCGCUGUGGAAUAAACUCGGCGCGACGCAGGCGAACAGCGCGCGGUCCGCGGACGCGAUGAGUGCGUACCAGCGCGCGUUGGACCUGAAACCGAACUACGUGCGCGCGUGGUGUAACAUGGGGAUCGGGUACGCGAACCAAGGGAAGUACGAGGAGUCCGUGAAGUAUUACGUGAGGGCGUUGUCGAUGAACCCGAACGCGGAGAGCGCGUGGGGGUACCUCAGGAUAUCGUUAGGGUGCUGCGGGAGGAUCGAGCUCAUGGAGGCGGUGGACCGGAAGGAUUUAGAGGUGCUGCAGAGGGAGUUUCCGUUGUAGUGUCGUAGGAAAGCAGACCGCUCGUCGCGCUUGGUUCUCGCGCUCCUUCGCCUUCCCCGCGACUGAACGCAACCCUAAAUCACGCAUCUCAGAUCUGAGGGGACAGGGGCGCUUUUGUCACUCUCCCGUCGCCGCCCCACGCCAUGGCUCGGCGCAAGACGAGGGCGAAGAAACCCAAAGACGCGGUGUACGACCCCGUCUCCACCGCGCUCGGGAUGACGGACGUCCUCGAGCGCGUGCUGACGUUCGUGGAGAAGCCCGCCGACGUCGUGAAGAGCGCGCUCGUUUCCAAGGCGUUCAGAAAGGUCUGCAACUCAACCGCGCUGUGGAAAGCGAGGGCCGCGCAUCACAAGCCCGUGAGUCAACAUACCGUAGUUCGACAUCGUACCGUGGAAUAUCGCAAUCCGAUCUGGCUGAAUUUGCGGGUCGGUAAGGCACUGACGCGCAUGCUGGUGCGCUCCUCGGUCGACGUCCCACUUUUUAGACUAUUUUAUUUUACUUUACCAACGACUUCUCAAGUUGACAACCAAAUGACCUACACGAUACAGAAAGCUGAAGAAUACCCUUUCCU